AGAUACCAAAGAAGAAGAGGCACAAGCACCGCCCCUCUGCCGCGCAUCCCCUUGGUCCUCAUUCAAAACAGAACACAGCUGUUGAGGGCGAACCGCCCGCCAGCUCGCUCCCCUGUUGACUAUCUUCGGCCACUGCAUAGCCCAAAAUCCCCCUUAAACUGUCUCAUGAACCCGCUGGAAUAUCACACGGAAAGAUUAUCAACGCCCUUCGCUGUUCCGUUUCAACGUGCGUCAGCGGGAUACGACUUGACAGGGCAAGACAGCGACCCGCAGUGAGAGGCUGGGCUUACCUCCGGAACCAUGCUCAUCUGACACAAAACCGGGCUGGGCAGGCUUUUGCUGCGGCGGAGCAUGAUGAAUGACAGUCUCCUGCGCUAGAGCUGUAUGCUGUGGGAAUGAUGGACUUCCCCAAUGGCCAAUCAUGCCUUGCCCCGACUGCUGCCACCGUUUCUGAGAGGAGCAGCAGCUCAGAGUCUCUCAGUGACAAGGGUUCAUCCGAGCUGAAGAAGAGCUUUGAUGCGGUUGUCUUCGACGUGCUGAAGGUCACACCGGAAGAAUAUGCUGGCCAGAUUACGCUCAUGGAUGCUCCUGUGUUCAAAGCCAUUCAGCCUGAGGAGCUGUCGAGCUGCGGUUGGAACAAGAAGGAAAAACACAGCUCGGCUCCUAACGUCGUGGCCUUCACUCGCAGGUUCAACCAGACCAGUUUCUGGGUGGUACGGGAGAUCCUCCACGCGCAGACGCUGAAGAUCAGAGCCGAGGUGCUGAGUCUAUACAUCCGAACUGCCAAGAAAUUGUGCGAAAUGAACAACCUCCACGCCGUCAUGGCGGUGGUGUCGGGCCUGCAGAGCGCUCCUAUCUUCAGGCUAACUAAAACAUGGGCGUUACUGAGUCGCAAGGACAAGGCCAUGUUUGACCGUCUCGACUUCCUGAUGUCCAAAGAGGACAAUUACAAGCGUUUGCGCGACUACAUAAGCAGCCAGAGCAUGGUGUCAUGUAUACCAUACCUAGGGAUGUACCUGUCCGACCUGACCUACGUGGACUCGGCCUACCCAUCCACGGGCAGCAUCCUGGAGAAUGAACAGCGGUCCAACCUGAUGAAUAACAUUCUCAGAAUCAUAUCAGACCUGCAGAGAUCCUGUACCUACGAUAUCCCACUGUUGCCUCACAUACAGAAGUACCUCAACUCAGUCAGGUACAUUGAGGAGCUGCAGAAGUUUGUGGAAGAUGACAAUUACAAGUUGUCACAGAGGAUCGAGCCUGGUAACAGCACGCCGCGAGCUAAUGCCUCCAAAGAAGAUCUCGCUGGCCAGGAGGCGUCUGCGUCCCCUCUGUGUGGCCGUAAGUGUUCGGUGGCGGCCGACAGUGCGAAAGUCCCAGCCACGCCUCCCUCCCCGAGGAACCUGCUGCCCUACGGACACCGCAAGUGUCACAGUCUGGGCUACAAUUUCAUCCACAAGAUGAAUACGGUGGAGUUCAAGAGUGCCACGUUCCCCAACGCCGGCUCCCGCCACCUACUGGACGACAGCGUGAUGGAGAGCAACAGUCCCACCCGGGGCCAAGCUGAGAGCUCCACAUUGUCUAGUGGGAUUUCACUUGGGAGCAGCGAAGGGUCGGAACUCAGCGAGGAAGUGUCAUGGCCGGCUUUCGAGAGGACUCGGUUCUAUCACUCUCUGGGCCCAGUGACCCGCGUGGCCCGCAUCCCCUACCGAGGAGUCCUGAGGCCCAGCAGCUCGGCAGAGUCCGAGGAGCUUGCGGUUCACUUGUAUCCUGGAGCGGUGACUGUGCAGGGGGUGCUGAGGCGGAAAACCGUACUCAAGGAGGGCAAGAAACCAACGGUGGCGUCCUGGACCAAAUAUUGGGUGGCUCUUUGCAGUACCCAUCUUUACUACUAUCCUGUCAAAUCCCUGAAGGCUACAGAGAGAAAACAUUUCAAGUCAAAGUCCAGUAAGAGCGUGUGCGUGGUGGGUCUGAUGGCCAUGAUGGCGGACGAUCCCGAGCAUCCGGAUGUCUUCAUGCUGACCGACUCGGAGCACGGUAAUACCUACAAGUACCAAGCGGGCAACAGGAUGAAUGCCUUGCUGUGGUUCAAACAUCUGAGUGCGGCAUGUCAGAGCAACAGGCAACAGGUGCCAGCCAAUCUGAUGUCAUUUGAGUGAGCGGCCGGAGGAGGAGGAGGGGGGGUUGGCGGUGGAGCGUUUUGACGCACCACUUGGAACUUUCACUGACCAACAAACCCAUUACCGCCCCCCACUGGCCUCACUGCAACCUCACCUGCCACCACUGCCUUAAUAGAGAACCCUAUUUGUGUGUGUCCGUGUGUAUGUGAACUUACGGUCUUCUACUACUGAACGAGGAAGCGCACCACUGCUCUCGUGUCUGAUUGGGUGAUUGGACUAGUGGCCACCAAUCAGACGGAGCUCAUCUUCUUCUUUUUAGAUUUUUUUUUUCUUUUGUUGUAUUGUUCUCUUUUUAUGGACGUCCUCAUUCCCGCUGUGCUCAGCGAACGAGGCGACAUUCAGAGGACUCAUUCUGGGGCCAUUCAAAACAUUUCGGGGCCCCGGCCUACAGUUUUUGGGGAAAACGCGGGUCAAAUCUAAGGGCUCCGCUAAUUGGUCACUUCCUGAAUUAUUUUUUUUUUUAAUAAUUAUUAUAUACCCCUCCUCCGCCUUCUUUGUUUGUUUUUGUCAAAAGUGUUUUGUAUAUAAAAUGUUUGCAGGGAGGCUCAUCUGUCAUCCCACCCAGGUACGAUAUUCCCAGAAUCUAAGCUGCAACACUCCGCUUGGAUGCUUCCUCCUUUUUAACAGCUUUGGUUUGGCAAGAGACCAACAAGCAGACUGUGAAGCAGAUAGUCUGUGAUGUGGACUUUAAAGCUACCUGGAGCUGUGCAGAAAGUCAUCUUUUUUUAAACUGAAAAAAGUAUGUAGUGUUGUUUUUCCUUUUUUGGGGGGGGUGGGGGGGGGGGGGGCGAUUUGGCGCAGUUGACACAGUAUUACCACGCAGUAGAUUGAUUGCACAUUGCGUGUCUGUUACAUUGAAACUGUUACAUUUGUUGUUGUUCUUAUGGAAAUAUAUCUGUACCAUCUGACUUUGAAUUUCUUUGUUUCUAACCAUUAAAUAUUCCCCUUUUUUUAUGUAGCAAGUUCAACAAAUCAAAAAAUUACAUAACAUCUUAAAAAUAAAAUCUGUGUAAAGCAUAAAAUAGCUUCAAAAAUGUUUUAAAAAAAUAAUAAAUCUACGCUUGGAAAAUAAUUUUGAAUUUAGACAUUGAAUUAUGUUUAAAAAAAAGAUCACCAUAUCAAAAGAUUGUUAGAAAACGUCUAAUUAUUCAAAAAUUCAGUGAGUUUCUAAGGUUUUUUUUUUUUUUUUACCAUCAAAAUAUGUAACCAAAAAAAAUCUACAUUUAAAUUCAACAUCUCAAACCAGCAUGUUAAAAAAAAAAAAGUUUUAAAAUCUAAAUAUUUUGAUGGUAAAAAAAAUAUAUAAUUCUCUUGUCAGAAAUGCCUUUUCAAACUCAUAAAUUCAACUCAGAUGACACAGAUCUACUUUCUUUCAUAUGUGCUUUGUGUUUUAUUUUCACCCACCUCCCAGUUUAAGUGUUCGCAUCUGCACCUUGAGGGCCAAGGAAGGGGGUGUCAGGGCACGUUUGGGUGUUGAGUGUUCUUGAAACGGCUGUUUACGUGUGCGCGUUUACAUCGCCUUAUCCGGCCCAAAUGAAAUACACAGACUUGGUCACACAAGUCGGACAAUCCUGUGGAUGAAUGAAUAAGGAAACCAAAGCCAGGCUCGGUAGUAUUCUGCACACCUGUACGUACACAUAUAAAUAUAUAUAUAUGUAAAUAUAUAUAUUUUUUGAAGGUCCUAACUUGAGCUUUGACACAAUCAUCUGCGUCGUGACUUGAAGGCCAAGCAAGCGGGGGGAGGGCGGCCCGGCCGGGCCCAGCCCAGCCCCUGGGAGAGCGUCUUUGCUCAUAUGGGACAACAACGAAAAAACAAAACGAGCCUGUAAAUGAAAUUUAGGGCCACUUUGACACCACUUCAGUAAUUAGUGACAUAGGGAUUUCUCAUGCCCACAAUGCAUUUGAGGAAAAAAAAAAAAGGGACCUUUUACCUUUGAGGAGAGCGCAGCACUGUAGUGGUUAAUAUAAUCUGCCUCUGUCAGAAGGGUCUGGAUUGGAAUCUCUGCUUGCAUGGGUUUUCUCCUCGUACUCUGGCCUCCUCCCAAAUUAUUAUAUACAUGUUAGGUUUCUUGAAAACUGUAAAUUGUCCAUAGGUGUGAAUGUAAGUAUAAAUGCUUGUUUGUCAGUGUGUGCCCUGUGAUAGGCUGGCAACCAGUUCUGGGUUGUCCGCUUUUCUCGCCAAAUGUUAGCUGGGAUAGGCUCCAUACACGCUAUCCUAAUUGUCUUAAAUUAUCCGUUGGUGUGAAAGCUUGUCCAAAUGUUCCCUGCCAUUGAUUGGCGACCAGUCCAGGGCGUACCCCACUUCUCUCAACAAAUGUCAACUGGGAUGGACUGCAGAAAUGCGAGACUUGAAAAAGACUUGAAAUUACCCAUGGAUGUGAGAGUGAAAGCUUGCUUGUCUGCCUUGCGAUUAGCUAGCGACCAGUCCAGGCUGCACUCUGUUUUUGUCGCUGAUUCACCUUGGAUAAAUUCCAGCUCACCCACGACCCCUAAUGAUGGAUUUUGAGCACCUGUAAAUGGUAAAUAGACUUUAAUAACAUUUCAAAUGCAUUGUGGUGCUGCAUAGGGACUAACUGAGUUUUAUAAAUGGCGGGUGGGGGGGAUAUUUUUUUCCCCCGGGUGUGAAGGGGGGAACUGUUUCAGUUCUAUUUACUAAUUUUCAAAUUACAAAGAGCGCUUAUUGUAAGGUUGUAUUUUUUUUUUUUUUUUUUUUUUUUUUUUUUUUAAACCAUUAAUGUACAGUUUAGGGUCACAUCUUUCAUUUUGUCCACUUUCCAAUCACAAGUAACACAAUGACUGUUCAUGUGGGUGGGGGGGUUCAAAUGUCAAGCCUCCCUCCCCAGCCUCUCCCUGCACUUUUGAGUCAUUGUCAAGUAACUCGACGCCCCUCUUGAAAAUUCCCUUCACGCUUAUUCUGUUUAAAGUGCUCCCCCCCCCCCAAAAAAAAAAAAACAUGCCAUGAGUCGAUGUGUUUGAAUACAUGAUGCGGUCAAUGUGUUUCCAUGCUGUGAAUGAAUCCUGCCUUCUGAGCAUUUGUUUGCCGUCCACAACGUGACAAAAAGGUGGCGACGCUGUUGUGUACAUCCCCCGUGUGUGCGUGUGUUUGUGUGUGAGUGCGUGUGGGAGCGCUGUGACCUCACUGCUGAGUGAUGUGCUCCCCGGUGUGAACACUGAGAAUCAAUAAACACUCUGCCCUAUUUUUUACUCCA